AUGAAUAUUACAAGGCGGUUCUACCUACUUAUAUAUACAAGUUGCCUGUGUGGUUGUUUCUCUCUUCGAUCGCCUCGGCAGCCGUGUCAGCGCUCAGGAUCAUCCAGCGACUCGCUUCAGGACAAACUACAAUGAGUGAGAAGCUACCCUUCAAAGUCGCUGAUAUCAGCCUGGCGGAGUGGGGGCGUAAGGCAAUUGACAUUGCUGAGAAUGAGAUGCCUGGGCUGAUGAAGUUAAGAGAGGUUUAUGGGCCAACCCAGCCUCUGAAAGGAGCUCGAAUUGCUGGCUGCUUGCACAUGACUGUCCAGACAGCUGUACUCAUUGAGACCCUCAAGGCCCUUGGAGCUGAGGUUCAGUGGUCUAGCUGUAACAUUUUCUCCACCCAGGAUCAUGCUGCUGCUGCCAUCGCCAAAACUGGUGUUCCAGUGUAUGCUUGGAAAGGGGAGACAGAUGAGGAGUAUGUGUGGUGCAUUGAGCAGACUAUCUACUUCAAGGAUGGUCAACCUCUCAACAUGAUCUUGGAUGAUGGUGGAGAUCUGACCAACCUUGUGCACCAGAAAUAUCCAAAAUUGUUAGCAGGAAUUAAGGGUCUUUCUGAGGAAACCACCACUGGGGUUCACAAUCUCUACAAGAUGCUGAAGAAGGGUGAACUUAAAGUUCCUGCUAUUAAUGUGAACGACUCUGUUACCAAGAGUAAAUUUGAUAAUCUGUAUGGCUGCCGUGAAUCCCUGAUUGAUGGAAUCAAGCGGGCGACUGAUGUAAUGAUUGCCGGUAAGGUGGCUGUGGUAGCUGGAUAUGGUGAUGUUGGUAAGGGGUGUGUUCAGGCUCUUCGAGGAUUUGGUGCCAGGGUCAUAGUCACAGAGAUUGACCCCAUCAAUGCCCUACAGGCCGCAAUGGAAGGCUAUGAGGUGACUACAAUGGAUGAGGCCUGCAAGGAAGGAAACAUUUUUGUGACAACUACUGGCUGUGAGGAUAUCAUUCUGGGCAGGCACUUUGAGCAGAUGAAGGAUGAUGCCAUUGUUUGCAACAUUGGCCAUUUUGAUUGUGAGAUUGACAUGAAGUGGCUCAGUGAAAAUGCUGCGGAGAGAAUCAAUGUUAAACCUCAGGUUGACCGUUACCUCUUGAAGAAUGGACGCCAUGUUAUUGUAUUGGCUGAAGGGCGACUUGUGAACCUGGGAUGUGCGAUGGGUCACCCCAGCUUUGUUAUGAGCAACUCCUUUUCCAAUCAAGUCCUUGCCCAGAUUGAGCUCUGGACCAAUACUAGCAAAUACACAGUUGGUGUGUACUUCCUGCCCAAGAAGCUGGAUGAGGAGGUAGCUACUGCCCACUUGGACAAACUUGGUGUCAGACUGACGAAGCUAACAGAUAAGCAAGCCAAAUACCUGGGCAUUCCUCUCGAGGGUCCUUUCAAACCAGACCACUAUCGCUACUGAGGAGCUUCUGCCAGUUGGUCUACGUUCAUGGUCAAAGUAGUGCACAGUCCACAUGCACCAACCUUUUCUGUGCCGGCAUUCUCAAUAAAAAAGAUCAUUCAGGCUGCUUUAAAAGCUCUCACUUGUCUUUCACCCUCAAGAUGAACACAUGCAAAAUCAAAAAAAAGUCUCUUUCAGAAUUCAGUAAGCGGUUUGUUGACUUCCAAGGACACUUUGUGUCACUAUACGGUUAGUUUACUAGUUUUUUGUUCCAAUGCCAAUGUCCAGCCAUCAUUUUGGGAAUUUCAUGUGAGUGUACUCAAGGUUUCAACAUGAAAUGUUGCCUGUGAUUCAAAAAACUCUUUUAAUGACAAAAUAAAGAACAUGCCUAUACUUCA